GAGCUGAUUCUGAAAUUGAUGAGUAUAGUACCCUCAGAUAAAGUCAUAUCUUUACUUGGGAUUGGACUUAUUGGACCAAUCCCAUUGGCAAGAGGUGGGCUCAAAUGUACGCCAUGAGAAACAAGAGGCACCAGAGAUGAGGAAUAUUUGAUAGAGUAUCAAAUGCAAGGACACUGGUAGUACUACAGAGAGGACUAGCUUUAGGAUUAGAGGCAUGUAACAGGUCAUCGGACAGAUUCAUUAUUCAUUAUAAGAUUUAUCCAUGAUGAUAGCCAAUAAAACUGUCACAUUGAUUAAAAAGGCACCAACAGGUCAGCUGACAGGUGUCCCGAUGGCUUUAUACCUAAUCCUGGUGCUGCUUGGCAUUCUGGGAAAUGCCAUGGUGAUCUUGGUGGUAGGGAACAGUAUUAUUUGGGAGCCUGGAGGGGGACGCAACUCCGACAUGAUCCUGGUCAACAUGGCCUUAUCUAACCUGCUGGUAUCGGUGAUGAGGAACACCCUGCUGGUCACCUCAGACUUUGGACUUGAGGUGUUACCCGGUAAGGACUGGUGUCAGUUCCUGAUGGGCGUGUGGGUCUGGCUGCGUUCAGCGAAUGUUUGGUCGACGUUUUUUCUGAGUGCUUUCCACUUUUACACUCUGAAAAGGAUAGGCCCUCCUACCUCUAGUCUAAACCCAUCACGUGGUCCUCCCAAAGCCCUACUAAUGUGCUUCGGUCUCAUCUGGACCCUCAAUCUCCUCUACUCGGUCCCUGCUUUUGUGUACUCUACAAAUGGAAGCAAGAACGCCAGUGAGACAUUGAUGUUAGUGACCAGUACAACCCGUCCAUUACUGGGCUGCUUGUGGGAUUUUCCCUCCAUUUACAGUGGUCUUGUAUUUGCCACCACGUCCAUGGUGAUCCAUGAGGUCAUCCCCAUCGUCCUCAUGAGCGCCACCAACCUGGGCUCGCUCCUCAUACUGUACGCACACGGAAAUGCACACAAGACCACCAGUAAGGUUCAGGAUGCUCCGGUUCUACGCAGAGUGCCGGCGGAGAGACGUGCAGCUAAGGUCAUUCUAGCCUUGAUCAUUUUGUUCAUCAUUUCCUGGGGUGCCAGUGUCAUCUCAGUGAACUACUUUAACUACAACCGUGGUGCCUCAUCUGCAUACCUGCUGGUUCUCGCACGUUUCUCCAACAGUGGUUUUAUUGCUUUGUCCCCCAUCAUACUGGCUGUGGGACACCGCAAACUCCGAGAGGUCAUAAAGUCUAUUAUCAAGUAAAGACAGUAAGCUUAUUAUGCAUUAUGUCUAAAACAUGGCUGUACAUUAGUUUAUUAUAAUAAAUAAUAAACAUAUAAAAAUUCACAUGCCUAGUUUGUAU